AUGAAUAUUCCCGAUCAGAUUGUCAAAGUUCCUGAGGACUAUGAGUCUGUAAAGGUUGUGAAAGUUAAGGUCAAGAAGCGUCAAGCCGUAACUCCCUCCACCAUAGUAUGCACAUUGGAAGCGCCUGGACAUCCCGAAAUGAGUAUAAAUGGCCCAGGCUAUGGCAAGGUGACAAUGCUUUGUCAGGAGGGCUGUACACUUGGGCCUAACCAGCCCUUGUUUAAGUACGAAGGAUGUGGGCAUCACGUAGUAAUGCGAGACUUGUGCGCAGAAUGUGGUGCGAAUUUGAGAAAGUUAGUAACAUUAGAAGGAGGUGUUUGCGGUGAGAGAAUCUCUGCAGCAUCUGCAAGCAUCCCCAUGGUGCACAUGAUUCCCGAUCUGCACGUCAGUGAGUCAGUUGCUGCCGAAAUUGCUCUUAAAGACGAGGAAUCCCUUCUGACUGCGCGGAAACUUGCCCUACUUAUUGACUUGGACCAAACAGUUCUUCAUACAACUACCACCCCUCAUGCCUUCCGCUAUAAGAAUGUGCACCGAUUCAACCUGGCUGGCUGCGAAAUGAUGUACCACACUCGAUUCCGACCUCACUUGGGAAAGUUUUUGCGUCGCAUGGUAAAGCGAUUUCAGAUGCACAUUUGCACCUUCGGCAAUCGCGCCUACGCUCACCAGCUGGCCAGUAUUCUCGACCCCAAACGCAAGUACUUCUGUCAGCGUAUCCUCUCCCGUGACGAGUGCUUCAAUCCUGUCACUAAAUCUGCUAAUCUCAGGCAUGCGGCAUUAUUUCCCAGAGGUGUUCACCUAGUCUGCAUAAUCGAUGAUCGAGGUGAUGUUUGGGAUUGGUCACCUAACCUAAUCCAAGUUCAGCCUUACAGAUUCUUCCCUGAGGUGGGAGAUAUCAAUGGGCCACCAGGACGGCCACUUUCUAUGAUGCCAAUGCCUGAUUUCCGCGCCUUUAAUCCUCCUUCGCCUACGGGGACUUCAACUUCGACGGACACUUCAAACUCCUCAGAUGAGGAAGGGCCAUCUUCAUCAAAUAUACCUAAACUCGGCGCUCUUGGAAUCGAUCUGAAACCAGCUGAUAAAACCAUUGAAACGUCCUUGGAUCAUCCAACCUCUCCAUCAAAAAAUGUAGAAGAAAUGGUACCAUCAGGGUCUUUGCCGGAACCAUCAAAAUCAACGGAAAAGUCCCCAGCCUUCAUGGGACAAUGUGCACCUUUGAAAUUGGUGGAAUCAAAGGAGUUGUCUGAAUCCCCGAAGUGCACCGACUACGAAGCUGAGACGAAAUCCCCAACAGAGUUCUCCAAGUCCGUUGAAGAAGAAGUCAGGUUGAAGCCUCUAGCGGAAAAUGCACUGAUAAAGGAUAAAGCGGAAGUGGUGGAAGAAGUACUGGACUAUCCACCAUUGUGCGAGUCUCCACCUCCACCACCACUGUCCCCAAUCCAAUCGAUCUUCGAGAUGAAUGAGGAGGCCCUGGAUGCUUUUGACUCGGACUAUCUACUUAGACUGGAGGAGAUACUGACCGAGAUUCAUCGGCGUUAUUACCGCGCGUAUGACAAGUACAUGGCAGAGGUGAAACAACGCAAGGCACACAACAUACCGGUGGAGGAAGGCUCUAGACUUUCAGGUAUUCCCCACGUGGCCAACGUGAUGUCACAGAUGCGAGCCCGGGUGCUAGGCCCCAACACUCACAUCACACUCUCGGGACUGACACCGCGCAACCGACCAGCGCGCGACUCCCUUGCCGGUCAGAUUGCCCUCGGCCUAGGUGCUACGCUGCACAACCGUCUGCGUUUGCCCAAACAACCGCUGGUUGCGCAUAGUAGGGCCGCCGGUCAUCGAGCCUUCACUACCCACCUCGUGGCAUGUCGUCAGAACACGGAGAAGGUGAUGGCAGCUCGGAAUUUCCAAGCACAGUGUGCCACCAAUCCUUCCCAACCGCCAUUAAUCCACAUUGUCUCACCUCGUUGGCUGUGGGCCUCGCAUUUUCGCUGGCAGCGGUUGCCCGAAUCGCAGUUCCCACUGGAUCAUGAAUACAGUGUUCACGCCUUUGAUCCAGAUGCCAAUUCACCUACCGCAUUCCAUGGCAGGUCACGACAUCGUCAUCAUCAACAUCACCGCCGACGACAUCAUCAAUAUCGACUUCCAUUGCAGCAUCAUCAUCCAUUCAUGAGGGAUGACACGGAGGCGGUGAUGGAGGUUGCAAAGAAGCACAAGCGAACGGUGUCUGAAUCGACAGAGCUAAGUGGUACACCGGCCACUAAACGACCCUGUCUUAGGAAAUCGGACGGCCAUUUGUCUCUUGCUGUUUUAGAGGAACUUGAUCUUCUCGAGGAGCAUUCGACAUCCCCCUCACUCUCCACCACCGACGAAGAAGAUGUUAAUUACGGAGACGACAAGAAGGGAGACGGAAAGGAGGAGGAGGGGGAUGGGAAGGAGAUGGCUGAAAUCGAAAUGGAGAGGCUUCCUCUCAGCCCCACGGACGUAGAAGACAAUCCGGACAACGUGGCCAUCAUUUCAGAUAGCGAUGAGGAGGGUUUGGACUCCACUCUUGGUGAAGACGACGAUGAUAAUGAUGAUGAUGACAUCGACAUUGACGAGGAAGACGAGGAAGGUAAAGAAGUGGAGGAGCAGGAAACAAGAGAAGUAAAUGACAAACCGGGUGGACAGUCGAAGUUGUCAGUGUCAGCGACGACGGAAACGGAUUUACAAGAGGAGAUGAAACAGUAUUUACCGCCACCAUGUCCCCUGGAAUAUGCGGAAAAUCCACUUCUCCAUAUGUCACCUCAGGCAGCCAGUCAAAUGUUGGACGAAGUGGAAGAAGCCGUAAUGGAGGAAAGAGAGGAACGAGCUGCCUCAGUUCCGCGAGAGAUGGAAGAUGAGGUCUCCUCCUCCUCGUCAUCAAAUUCUUCCGACCAUAACGGACGGGGCAAACGAGGACCUGAAGAUGAUGAUGAGGAGUUGGAAGAAAAUGAUGAUGAAGAUGAAGAUGACUCUCAAGUCGAAGGUCGUGUAGCAACCCAAAGGGAUCUUGAACAGGAGGGACGAUGGCUGAGGAUUCGACAACAAUUACUGCUGCGUCGUAGUGGUGCAAACCGAAGGGCCCUCGCAAAAAUCGAACGUCGGUUGUGGGAAAUCAGUAGAAGUGGGUCUGUUGGAAGUCGUUUUUCCGUGGAAAUGGCUCGUGGGCGUCAGCAUCAAGAAUUACAUCACCAUCACCACAGACGCAACCGCUAUCUGUCCACUGAUCCGUCCUCUCGUCUGUCCGACGAGCUCACUGACCUACGUGAAUUCAACACCUGUCCGGAGGGCUACGAUUACAUGGAUGCAGAACGCGCCAGGGAGCUUCUGCGUCCCGAGACGGCACGCCAAGAGGUGCGCUUUGACAGCCGUCGUCAAGUCGGACAUGGUGGCGAAGGAAGUGACAACGAGGGGGCGGAUGGCGGAAGGACAAGGCGGAAGAAGAGUCGAAAAAAGAAGAAGAAGAGUGUUAUUGGAGCUGCAGGUUAUCUGGAGGCUAGUCUCUUUGGGUCCGAUGUUAGUUCUUCCUCGUCUUCCCCCUCUUCCACGAACUCGGAUGACUGCGAAGGUGGUGGAGAUGAGGAUGGAAUUAUUCGAUCGGAUGCACUGAAGGAAUUUAUUGUCAACUCACCCACCCUCCAUCCCUUUGAUCUGACAGAUGUGGUUCGAGCUCAUCUGCUUCACGCGAUGGAGGUCAAAUUGAUUGCGGAAUGA